AUGAAGCAGAAGACCACUACGAAGACGACCAAGAGGUACAGGUACUCCUCCUUCAAGAGCAGGAUCGAUGACCUGCGCAUUGAGCCCGCCCGGAACCUCGAGAAGCGGGCGCACGACUACGUGGAGUCCUCGCACUUGCUCGCGUCCUUUGAGCACUGGAAGGAUAUCAAUCUCUCCGCAAGCUUCACCGCGCUCGUGCCGCAGCUCGAGCCGCUGGUGCAGACGCUGCCACAGAUAUUGUUCCACAGCAAACAGGUGUGCGCGCUGCUGAUCGAGGCCAUCGACAAGCACGACGAGCUCUCUUUGCAGCCGGAGCUGGACAUGCUCGCGCAGUUCUGUCACGAUCUGGGCCCAGACUUCAUGCCGUUCUACAAGCCGGCCAUGGACUCGCUGAUCGCGCUGAUCAGCGACGCCGGCUCCCUCGAGUCCCCCCAGGUGCUGGAGUGGGCGUUCAACUGCCUGGCGUACUUGUUCAAGUACCUGUCCAGACUGCUCACCGCAGACCUCGCACAGACCUCUGAGCUGCUCUUCCCUUUGCUCUCACACCACAGGGAAUACUUGUCCCGCUUCUCAGCCGAGGCCCUCUCUUUCCUGAUAAGAAAGACAUCCGCAAAGAACCUGCCCGCGCUGCUGAAUUACUUCUUUGCGAAACUGUCCGAAAACGAGGAAGAAGGACACUACUACGAGGGUCUACUGACGCUGUUCACAGAGUCGCUGGUCUCCACACAGGGGUCCUUGCACUCCAAGUCCAACAUCAUACUCACAGCAUUCAUAACAAAGGUGCUCACUCCACAGGCAGUGGACCCCGUGUGCACUACACUGUUCUGCGAUGUCUGGAUGAAUAUCUCCAAACACACUGCGGCAGAGAACCUGGCACCCGUGUACCAGUUGAUAUUCCAGCACAUCACAGAGAAACUCGGCCCCGAGAACACCAACACCGUCGUGCAGAUCAUGGCUACCCUCGUCUUUUCUGAAAGCGGUAAGAAGAUACCACACUGGGAAACCGUGGUCUCCAUCACCAAGUCUAUCCUGGAGUCAUGCAAUGCCGAAAACUGCUCUUCAUCCAACCUUGCAUUUUACUCCGCUGCGCUGUUCAGAAACGCAGAUGUUAGAUCGAUGACCCAACUGCAUAAGUUGCUCUUCAGCACUUACGCGACGAAGUUCACAGAUGACUACUUCGCUUUCCUAAGAUACUGCAUGGACCUAUGUCCCGACAAAAUCUCAUCUUACAAUGGUGAUAAGUACGCGAACGUUUUCCUGGAAGAAAACUGGGCAUCUCAAGGUCAAAACUUGUCCUUGUUUCUACUCGAACUUGAACAGAACACUCAAUUACAAAACCGUUUGAGAAUAAAAAUUCCAUCUGGAUUAGUAAACUCGUUACUAGAUACUCUAAGGACUAUCAAUGAUAAAGAAAUUACAGAAGAACAGCUUGCUGAUCUAUAUUGGAUGUCUGUUAUUUUGAAAAAAUGUGAUGUACAAGAAUCGGAUCCAGUAAUUAACGUCAUACUCAACCUGAUCUCAGAUGCUAGCAAUCCUAGUGAUAUGAAAAAGGAUCUACUAGGUAACUUAAUCUUAGCGAUACCGUCUGAUGAAAAUAAUAUUUUGAUAAAUAUUAUGGAAAAACUAGUGCAUUCAUUUGGCGCAUACAGAGAUAGUGUAUUUUUUGUUAAAAGUAUAACAUACCUUUUAAGGAAGACUGGUAAUACUGAUAGUGUUAAGACAAUAAUUGAUAGCUUGCUAACUGAUAAUCUAGAGAACUUUCAGCAAAAUUUGGUGCUUCCUGACUCCAAGAUCAGAUACGAAACUUUGGUAUUGAUCUCUACACUAUAUGAAUUACGUUCUAGUGAAGUUCCUCAAUUGAUUAAUGAAUGUAAAAUAAUUGAGGAAAUUCCCCUAUCUUUAGACAAUGGUAGGGCUCUAACCGCGAGAAUACGGGCUAUGUCAGCACCAUUUUUAAAAAUUGAAAGAGGGAGUCCCGAAAUUAAACUAGUAAUUUCUCACAUGUUUGGUUUACUGACAAUCAGAUUCUCUCCUAUUUGGGAUGGUGUAAACGAUUUUCUGUCUGCAACUACUGGUAAAUGUCCAGAUUUGGUAUGGAAGCUAAUUUUACAAUUCAUCAAUGUCCUAGAGCAUCCUAUUAUAAGUUCGUAUCCACAAACUUUCAUGGAUAUUGAUUCACCAGUGUCCUUGUGGGAUUCUCGUGUUGAUAGACUGACUAAUACAAUCAAUAAUUUCAGAGAAAUCUGGAACCGCUUUUUUAACAAAAAUGAGUCGAUAUUCGAACUAAGUAAGGAUUUGAGAGGUAGUUUCCAAUACCCAGGGCAAAUUAGAAAUCAAACAUUAAAGGUCAUGCUAUUAGUACCACAUUUAGCGGAACAGCAUUUUGCAGAUAUCAUAACGUACUUCUUCAACCAAGUAGAAUACGAGGAGCUAUUUGACAACGAUUUCAAUGGUGAAAAAACUGCGAAAAACUGGACUGAGGCUGAUAGAAAUGUAUUGUUAAAAGUCUUAUCCAAAUUCAAGAACAUUAAGAAUGUUUACAAAUCUGACGAACUUCACAACAGACUUUUAACACUACUGGGAAGCAAGAACACUGAAGUUCAAAAAUUGGCACUUGAUGCAAUAUUUGCUUACAAGGAGCCAGCUGUGAAUAAAUAUAAGGAUAACCUAAGCAAUCUGUUGAAUGACACCCUUUUUAAAGAUGAAAUUACUAUUUUUUUUGCCAACAAAGAAAAAAAUCAGCUGGAAGAGCAGCAUGAGAUAAAACUAAUGCCUUAUAUUUUAAGAAUACUUUAUGGCAGAGCUCAAACUCCAAUAACUAGUGGCUCUAAGAAAAGUAGUAAGUAUGCAGUGGUUUCUGUGCUGCCCAAUUUUAAGAGAAAGUACAUUAUUGAUUUUCUGAGUUUAACGUACAAUGGACUUGCAUUUGAAAAGUUCUUUGAUAAAAAGUACGCUGUUGAUAAAGAUGAUCUAACACAAGGAACAUUGAAGCGUAUGAGUGGUUUUGUUACAUUAAUGAGUGGUGUUAUUGGCACUCUUGGAAGCAAAUUUUCUAUAGAGUUAGCAACAGUAUUGAAACCCCUCCUGUUUGUUAUCAGUUCUUCAUAUUAUAUUUGUGGUAGCGAUGCAAAUCUCAAAGACAGUGAUCAAUCACAUCUUUUAAAGAUUGGUUCAACUCUUCGUCAACACUCGUUAAAGUGCCUGAGUGAAUUCUUUGAUACACUUGGUGAUGACCUGAACUGGGACCCGUAUAUCAAAGAUAUCUAUGAAUGUGCUUUCAAACCACGUUUAGCUAACUUUUCAGUGGAGAAUGCCCAACAAAUAUCAUCCCUGAUGAGAAUAAUGGUCCAAUGGUCAGGGAAUGAAUCGUUGUACAGGUUCCUUUACUAUAAUUCAUUUUCAUGCACUAAGGCUUUGGUAGAAUUAUUGCAUAAUCCACAUACAAAAGAGCCUGUUUUGGUUUCAAUCUUGACAGCUUGUAAUGAUGUAAUCACACGACCAGCUCAAGAUGCUGAAUAUGUUGAACUAGUCACAAUUAUUUCAACCUCGACACUGAAGAGUUUGCCAACACUGUAUGAGCGACUAGGAAAUUCAGAUUCAAUCUCAAUUGCAAUUGAGGUACUUGUUAAUUUGACAGAAAAUGGUUAUGUUCAAGAUGAUGAGACAAUUUCUUACUUACUCUCUUCUUUGACAUUAAUAUUGGAAAGUAAUAAAAACGUUAAUAACCCGAAGAUUAUUACUAAAAUGUUAAAUGUUUUAAAGACCCUGAUACCUGUUAGUACAAUGCCAUUUUCUGAUUUAGAAAGCCUUUUCAGAACUCUCUCCGGUUUUUAUCAAACUUGUGCAGACAAAGAGACAAGGCUAGGUGUCAAUGAUGUUCUAAGUGCUUUUUCUGAGAGGUUUGAUGAGCUUGAAAAGGUUGCCUCCUUAAUGAAAUCUUUAAACUCGUAUUCGAAUAGAAGAAUUCAGGAGUACGAUUUCCCAGUUAUGUUAUCAGCGUUUAAGAAAUUUACAGAGGAAGAUUACUGUAACUACUCCGAAAUCCAAUGGUUCCCCGUUGUUCAUACAUGUCUCUUUUUGAUCAAUGAUAAGGAGGAAUUGGCAGUGAGAACAAAUGCAACACAUACAUUGACUGUAUUUGUAAAAUAUAUCAACGAGAAAUCGAGUUUUGAGGAAGCAAAACCAGGUAUUACCAUUUUGAAGAGUAUCAUUCUACCCCAAAUCAAAUCUGGCUUGAGAAAGUACAAUGAUGAGAUUCAAACGGAAUAUAUUGCCUUGCUUGAAUACAUUGUUCAAAACUCCAAGUACUAUAAUGACAUGGCAGAUAUGCAGGUUUUGUCAUUUGGUGAUGAUGAAGAAGCGAGCUUCUUUAAAAAUAUUGCUCAUGUGCAACUCCAUCGUCGUCAAAGAGCAAUUAGAAGAUUGAAGGAGGUCGCAAGUGAACUUUCUGACAAUAGUAUUUCCCAUUAUUUAAUUCCUAUCGCGGAGCAAUAUGUUUUUUCAGAUGAAGAAAAAUUCAGAAAUAUUGCCAAUGAAUCCUUAAUCACCAUAGGAGAACUCGCAAAUUUUAUGAGUUGGAAUCAAUAUAAGGCCUUAAUGCGUAGAUAUAUUCACCUGCUGAAGACGAAAGAUACUGCUUUGAAACAGUCUGUGCUUUUGAUUACAAGUGUUUCUGUUGCUCUAAAGAAUACUCUUACUGCAAAGAGAAACUCAUCUGAUGAAAAAAUCAAUAGUAGAACAAUGAGAAAAUUUCCAAAUAACUUUAAUGAUGCUGAAAGCUUUAUUAAGCAUGAAUUAUACCCAACUCUUUCAAAAAUAUUGGGAACCAGAAAUGACGAUACUAUUGUAGCACGAAUGCCAUUGUCAGAGGGUAUAAUCAAUAUUCUAUUGGGUCUUGAUGAAGAUGAUAAGAUCACUUUACUUCCUGGUGUGUUGACCAGUAUAUGUCAAGUUUUAAGAAGUAAAUCAGAAGAGCUACGUGAUGCUGUCAGACAGUCACUAUCUAAAAUUGUUGUUAUUUUGGGUGCAAAAUAUAUUGUCUUUAUUAUUAAGGAGUUAGUUUCUGCUCUUCAGAGAGGUUCCCAAGUUCAUGUUUUGAGUUACACAGUUCAUCAUGUUUUAAGAACUAUCGUUGAUGAUCUAAAUCAUGGAGAUCUUGAUGAUUCAGCCCAUUUAAUUGUCAGAGUGAUAAUGGAAGAUGUAUUUGGUGCGGUAGGUGAAGAGAAAGAUUCUGACAAUUAUCACACAAAGAUGAAGGAAGUGAAAGUCAAUCGUAGUUAUGACACUGGAGAAGUAUUAGCGGCAAAUAUUAGUCUACAAGAAUUUAGUACAAUUUUAAAGCCUAUUAAGAUGUUGUUGAUGGAGCGUGUCAGCUUCAAGAGUCAGAAUAAACUACAAGAGCUAUUGCGCCAUUAUGCGUUAGGUAUCAACCACAAUACUGAGGCUGCUGAAAUAAACUCAUUAAGACUCUGUUACGAAAUAUUCAAUCAAGAUGUAGAGCAGAAGAAGUACAACAGGCCAAAAGCUACUGUGACAGAACAGGAAGAAUUCUUUUUGGUGAAUUUGAACGCUAAAAAGGAACGAGUUGUUACUGAAUAUUCAUUGCUCUCUCAUACAUUCCAAAAAUUCUCAUUAGAUCUGCUCAGAACUGUAAUUACUCGGCAUAAAUCCCUAAUGCAAGCCAAAUACUUGCAAGGUUUUGUACCACUGUUACAACAAUCAUUAACCUCUGAUGAUGAAAAUGUGCUGAUCAGUACCCUCAAAGUUUUGAUAAUAUUAGUAAAGAUAGAUUUUGAAAUGUCGACAGAAAACUUAUUCAAGAAUUGCGUUAAAAAGGCUCUGAAUAUUGUAAAAGACUCGCCAUCAACCGGUUCUGAACUUUGCCAAAUGGCAAUUAAAUAUUUGUCGGCGGCGAUCAAACAUAAAGAGAUGAAACUAAAAAAUGUUGCCUUAAGUUACGUCCUUCAAAGAAUCCUUCCAGAUCUUAAUGAACCAAACAAACAAGGUCUAGCUUUCAAUUUUCUGAAGUCCUUGAUCUCUAAGCAAGUGAUGCUACCUGAAUUGUAUGACAUUAUGACGACUGUCAGAGAAAUCAUGAUAACAAACCAUUCCAAAGACAUUAGAAAUGUUGCACGUAGUGUUUUUUAUCACUUUUUGAUGGAAUAUGAUCAAAGUAAGGGUAGAUUAGAGAAGCAGUUUAAGUUUAUGGUCGAUAACUUACAAUACCCAGCACCGGAUGGUAAGCAAUCGGUCAUGGAGUUAAUCAACUUAAUUGUUACUAAGGCUAAUCCGGAGCUGUUGUCGAAGCUUGCAUCAUCUUUUUUCAUUGGUUUGGCAAACGUAUCUGUAAAUGAUGAUUCACCAAGGUGCCGUGAAAUGGCUACUAUAAUAUUAACCAAUAUGUUACCUCGCCUUGACGCAACUGCAUUGCGUACUAUUGUUAAGUAUAUUUCGGCUUGGCUCAAACAGCUAGAAAAUGAUGCAUUUUUGAAUUUGGGAUUAAGGAUAUACAAAGUGUAUUUGGAGGGUCUGGGAAUUGGUCACUCAGCUGAAUUGGAUGAUCAAGCAACAAAAGCCAUCAUAAAGACAUUGCAUAAUACUGAUGAAAAUUCUAAGACUCAAUGGGAUCUCAUUUAUUCUGCUUUAGCUGUUUUCACUGUAUUUACAAAUAAAAAUCCUGAGGUUUUCAAUUCUGAGUACAAAAAUAUAUGGGAUAGUGUAAUUAAAUGUUUGUUGUAUCCUCAUAUUUGGGUCCGUCAAGCUUCUGGUAAACUGGUUUGUGACCUAUUUAACCACCUUGAAAAGGACAAUUGGAUGUAUGAGAAUUCCGACAUACAAAUCAUUACAUCGAAGAUCAUUCAUCAAUUAAGAGCUCCUUCAAUCCCUGAAGCACUUGCUGAAACAGCAAUUAAGACACUAUUGAAAGUUUCAUCAUAUUGGAAUAAAAACAACGUGUCCUAUAUACCAUUUGGUGAAACCACAGAAAGCAUCAAUCGCUAUUCUACAGCAAUCGAGUAUGUUGUUUCUUCAAUCGGUGGGAUUAUUAGAAGUGAAGAGAAUCGUAACGACACGUUCUUCUCGAAAAAGUUUGCUAUUCAAUACUUUUAUUUGUUAACUCAAAUGCUAAAUGCCGAAGCAUUAGAAUCUGUUCUUGAAAUUAUUCUCUUUUCGCUCUACAUUUAUUUGGAAAAGUCAGAUGUUUCAAGGUUAACAGAUGAGGAGUCGGAAUUAGUUACUUCGUCCCAAGAAUGUAUGAAGCAAUUGGAAGACUCUGUCUCUGUCUCAGCUUUCUCUAAGGCAUACGCCAACGUAAAGCAAAUGGUUUAUAGAAGAAGAUUAGAAAGAAAGAAUAAGAGGUCAGUUCUAGCUGUUACUGCUCCUGACGUUGCUGCUGCAAAGAAGUUGAAGAAGCACGCAAGAUCUAGAGAGAAGCGUAAGCAUGAAAGGGAUGAAAACGGUUACUACCAGAGGAAAAACAAAAAGAAGAGGAUUUAG